UUGUGUAAGUAGGAGGAAAUGCUUAGUGACAAUAUUUUUUUAACUUUCUACAACUAGCUAUUCAAUUUUGUUGUUUGGUUCUUGUAUAAUAUUGGAUUAUUUUUAUUUCUAUUCUUUUAAUUGCUCAUUAGGGAUGUUGGCAAGAAAUUGCUUGGCCUAGUGGCUUUAGCGUUGGAUUUGGAAGAGAACUUCUUUGAAAGAUUGGGAGCCUUCAAUGAUCAAGCAGCAGUUGUUCGCCUCUUACGUUAUUCAGGAGAGUUGAAUUCAUCUAAAGAAGAAGAACCAUGUGGGGCCUCUGCUCAUUCAGAUUUUGGAAUGCUAACUCUUCUUGCAACAGAUGGAGUUCCAGGGCUUCAAGUUUGCAGGGAUAAAGAUAAAGAACCAAAUGUUUGGGAAGAUGUCCCUGGGAUUAAAGGUGUUUUGUUGUCAACAUCGGAGACCUUAUGGAGAGAUGGACUAAUGGGCUUUUCCGGUACCCACCAAAAGUUCAACCUUUUCAUUUCAGGGCAUUAUAUUGAUUUCAAAACCUCAGUCUUAUGUGCGUUUUAUAGAUCAACAAUGCAUAGAGUGUUGUCAGUGGGAGAAGAACGUUACUCGGUGGCUGUAUUUCUAGAUCCAGACCCAAACUGUGUUGUGGAGUGCUUGGAGAGUUGUUGUAGUCAAACAUACCCUCCUAGGUUUCCACCGGUCCGAACCAGUGAUUAUUUCCACGAGCGAUUCAGCCAAUCCCUCAUCUUAGGCAUGUACAUUCGGGGUCCCAAUCGGGUUUCUGUUUUUCGGGUUUAUAAAAAUCAGUCUCAUUCGGGUUAUAUGAAAAUUCGGUUCGGGACCGGUUCGGAUUCUAUCGGGUUCGGGUCGGGGUUAGUAAAUCUUCAAAGAACCGGUACAACCCGAUGUACUUUCUGGUCUGGGUCCCAAUCGGUUCUUCGGUUUAAAUGUAGCUGAUUUAUAUCUACUUUGUAACCAAAAAGUAAGUAAAAUCGGUUCUUUUGUUUUAAAAUA